UCUAAUUGAAAACUUGAAAGUCGCGUUCUUUUCAGUUUUCCAUUAUCAUUUAUUAUUCACAAGUGGAAAAUAUCCAAUUCAUUGUCCAUCUAGUUUCUGACCAGAAGCGGGCCAUUACUCAACCGAAGUUGAGCAAAACAAGAACCCAUUGCCAGUCGAGAGAGAGAGAGAGAGAUUGCCAAUCUAGAGGGGGAGGUUGCAAAUCUAGCGAGCGAUGGCUUCAUCUCACACACUGAGGAAGUUGCAGGUGGUUUCUCCAGUGCCUGCCGACAUAGACAUUGCCAACUCUGUCGAGCCUUUCCACAUAGCUGAGAUAGCCAAAGAACUCAAUCUCACCCCCAAUCAAUACGAUCUUUAUGGAAAAUACAAGGCCAAGGUUCUGUUAUCUUUGGUUGAUGAACUGCAAGAUUCUGGAGAUGGGUAUUAUGUUGUUGUUGGGGGGAUCACUCCUACCCCACUUGGUGAAGGAAAGUCUACUACAACUGUGGGCCUCUGUCAAGCUUUGGGGGCCUUUUUGGAUAAAAAGGUGAUGACUUGUUUGCGUCAACCGAGUCAAGGGCCAACCUUUGGUAUCAAAGGAGGAGCAGCAGGGGGAGGUUAUAGCCAAGUGAUCCCAAUGGAUGAAUUUAAUCUUCACUUAACUGGCGAUAUUCAUGCUAUCACAGCUGCUAAUAACCUUUUAGCUGCGGCAAUUGAUACUCGAAUCUUUCAUGAAGCUUCACAAUCUGAUAAGGCCUUAAUGAACAGGCUUUGCCCACCCAACAAAGAGAAGAAGCGGGUUUUUGCUGAUGUUAUGAUCAAGCGCCUUGACAAACUCGGAAUCUCCAAGCGGAACCCUGAUGACCUCACACCAGAAGAGGUCAGGAGAUUUGCCAGGCUUGAUAUUGACCCCGAUUCCAUCACUUGGAGAAGAGUUAUGGAUGUAAAUGACCGUUUCCUAAGGAAAAUCACAGUGGGUCAGGGUCCUGAAGAGAAGGGAAUGGUGAGAGAAACAGGGUUUGACAUAUCGGUGGCUAGUGAGAUAAUGGCUGUUCUAGCUCUUACGACUUCACUCUCAGACAUGAGAGAGAGACUAGGGAAAAUGGUUAUAGGUAACAGUAGGGCAGGGGAUACCAUAACCGCUGAUGAUUUAGGCAUUGGGGGAGCCUUAACAGUACUCAUGAAAGAUGCCAUUAACCCAACUUUGAUGCAAACUCUUGAAGGUACCCCAGUUCUUGUACACGCUGGCCCUUUUGCGAACAUUGCUCAUGGUAAUUCAUCCAUAGUUGCUGAUAAAAUAGCUUUGAAGCUUGUUGGGCAAGGUGGGUUUGUAGUAACAGAGGCAGGGUUUGGUGCUGAUAUAGGAACUGAGAAAUUCAUGAACAUAAAGUGCAGGUAUAGUGGGUUGAAGCCUCAGUGUGCUGUCAUAGUCGCCACCAUUAGAGCUCUGAAAAUGCAUGGCGGGGGCCCUGAGGUGGUGGCGGGGAAGCCUCUUGACCGUGCUUACUUGAGUGAGAAUGUAGGUCUUGUAGAGAAUGGGUGUGUUAAUUUAGCCAGACAUAUAUCAAACACAAAGGCCUAUGGGGUGAAUGUAGUGGUUGCGAUCAAUAUGUUUGCCUCUGAUACCGAUUCUGAGCUUAAUGCAAUGAAGAGUGCUGCAAUGGAAGCUGGCGCCUUUGAUGCAGUUGUGUGCACUCAUCAUGCGCAUGGAGGAAAGGGAGCGGUUGAUCUGGGAAUUGCAGUUCAAAGGGCGAGCGAGAAUCAGAAACAGAGCCUACAAUUUCUAUACCCACUGGACAUUAGCAUUAAAGAGAAGAUAGAAGCAAUUGCGAGAUCUUAUGGAGCUGCAAGUGUCGAGUACUCAGAGCAGGCUGAGAAGCAAAUAGAGAUUUAUACCAAGCAAGGAUUUUCAGGGCUGCCUAUAUGCAUGGCUAAAACCCAGUAUUCAUUUUCGCAUAACGCAUCCUUAAAAGGAGCUCCAAAUGGGUUCAUGUUACCCAUUAGAGAUGUUCGAGCAAGCAUAGGAGCCGGCUUCAUAUACCCACUGGUAGGUACCAUGAGCACCAUGCCUGGUCUUCCAACACGACCUUGCUUCUUUGAUAUUGAUAUUGACACCUCGACUGGAAAGGUGAGAGGCCUUUCUUGAAGUUUUCUGUUUCUUUAUUCAUAUUAAUGUGUUGUGAUUGGGUAAGAGCUCAAGUUUAUGGAUGCUUGAGGUCCCCAAUUCACUGUUGUGUGAGAAAGAUACAUGAUAAAGAUUAAUAAAAAGCUCUCUUUUUUCUUUGAUGAA